GCGUCACCCGGCGGACGAAGCGAAGGAGAGUGUCGUAAAGUGGUAUGUUUUGAAGCGGGGAGGUCAUUGGAAAGUGAGCUUGUUUGUAAGGUUCUGUGGGGGACAGACCGCUGCUACCACAGGUGUCAGAUAUUCUGAUACCAGAGUAGCUGUAUUUAUAUCCAGUUUAGUUUAUCAGGGUUGUUCACGGUUAAAAAUGCUACGUUUAGCGGUGCGAGUGAGGCCGUCUGUCAGGCUAACCCGGCCCAGUGUCCUCUCGGGCCCCGCUGCUAGUCCUCGAUCCGGACCGGUAUCCUGCCACCAUCUCAAACGAUACCACUCCAACGGCCCUGCUCGGAUCCGGAGCCUGUGUCACGGUCGACGUGUGUACAACAGCAUCCUUAGUAACACAUCAUGGGUGUUGCACAGGCAAACGGCCGGGUUCAGUCAAAGCAUGCGAGUGUACAGCCUACCGCCUCAUCAGAAGGUGGAGCUACCUGCUUUGUCCCCCACAAUGCAGCUGGGCACCAUUGCACGAUGGGAGAAGAAGGAAGGUGACAAAAUCAAUGAGGGAGAUCUGAUAGCUGAGGUUGAAACGGACAAGGCUACAGUUGGAUUUGAAAUACAGGAUGAGUGCUACCUCGCCAAAAUCUUGGUUCCUGAGGGUACAAGAGAUAUACCCAUUGGAUCAAUCAUCUGUAUUACCGUGGACACGCCUGACCUCGUCGCUGCCUUUAAGGACCUAACAUUGGAUAAACUCGCUGGCUCCGCCUCUGCGGCAGCAGCUGCGCCGCCCCCUCCAGCAGCACCUGCUGCUUCUCCAGCACCUUCACAAGUUCCUGGCAGCUCUUACCCAGCCCACAUGAAGGUACUUCUCCCAGCUCUUUCCCCUACAAUGACAAUGGGCACAGUGCAGCGCUGGGAGAAAAAAGUGGGUGAGAAGCUGAGUGAGGGAGACCUGCUAGCCGAAAUUGAGACUGAUAAGGCAACAAUUGGUUUUGAGGUACAGGAAGAGGGAUACCUGGCUAAGAUCAUGAUUUCAGAGGGCACUAGAGAUGUUCCUCUCGGCACUCCUCUCUGCAUCAUUGUGGAAAAGGAAUCCGAUAUUGGCGCCUUUGCCGACUACGUGGAAACAGGUGUGGCUACAAGUCCACCUCCAGCCCCCACACCGGUGGCCACCCCAUCACCAGCAGCAGCCCCUGCAGCUCCAACCCCAGCACCUACCGCUGCACCUGCCGCUCCUAGGAAAGGCCGAGUGUUUGCCAGCCCUAUAGCUAAGAAACUUGCUGCUGAGAAGGGCAUUGACCUUGCCCAAGUCACAGGAAGUGGACCAGAUGGAAGAGUUACCAGAAAAGAUAUUGAUAGUUUCGUUCCAUCUAAACCCAGUCCUGCACCAGCUGCUGCCCCCAGCCCAGCUCCACCCACCUUCACCCCUGCAGCCGCCCCAGCUGUUUCUGCUGUACCAACAGGAACAUUCACCGACAUCCCUAUCACCAACAUUCGCAAGGUGAUCGCCCAAAGGCUGAUGCAGUCUAAACAGACUAUUCCCCAUUAUUACUUGUCUGUGGAUGUCAACAUGGACCAAGUGCUUGAACUCAGAAAAGAACUCAAUGUUGAGGUUAAAGCAGACAACAUCAAACUCUCGGUCAAUGACUUCAUUAUCAAAGCCUCGGCUCUAGCCUGUUUAAAGGUACCAGAGGCGAACUCCUCUUGGAUGGAUACAGUCAUCAGACAAAAUCACGUUGUGGAUGUUAGUGUUGCAGUCAGUACGCCUAUGGGUCUGAUCACUCCUAUUGUAUUUAAUGCUCAUAUUAAGGGCCUAGUAUCUAUAAGUAAAGACGUGGCCUUGUUAGCAUCUAAAGCACGAGAGGGCAAACUGCUACCACACGAAUUCCAGGGUGGCACUUUUACUAUUUCUAAUCUGGGAAUGUAUGGAAUCAAGAAUUUUUCUGCUAUUAUUAACCCACCUCAAGCCUGCAUUCUAGCUGUUGGUGGCUCAGAAAAAAGACUGCUUCCUGCGGACAACGAUAAAGGGUUUGACGUUGCUAACAUGAUGUCUGUGACUCUGAGCUGUGAUCACCGGGUGGUAGAUGGUGCUGUUGGUGCACAAUGGCUCGCUGAGUUCCGCAAGUUCCUCGAGAAACCCGUCACCAUGCUCCUGUGAGCAUAGCCCUACAUAUGGACCUUGCCCAAAAACAGUGGACAUUUAAGAUUUGGAGAUAUCUCUCUCACUGGUUAUAUGCUCUCCCUGAAAAAUAUAACAGCUUCUCUCUGGGUUUCUUUUCUCCCUGACUGAAAUACAUCUUUUCAUGUACUGUAUUUUUACAUUACAUCCUAAAGCAUCAAAUAACUGCUCAACUUAAGUUGUGCGUCGUUGUUUAGGUCAGUUGAGGAGUUUAUUGCUGGACGAUGAUUUUCUUUUUUUUUUUUCAGGAUACUGUUACAAGCACCGCAAGUCUGUGUAUGCCAUUAGAUCAAGAAAUAAUGUCAGUAUCCAUGGCCAAGUCUAAUGGCCUGUACCUGCAAGCUAUAAUAUUUUACCAUUUAUUUGUGUAUAAUACGAGUCCCCACUGUAUACAAGAAAAAUCCUGAUGAAAUCUGGAGAUGUGUGUGCCAAAAAGUAAUAUGAUUGGAAUUUAUUUGUCACGUUCUUCAGUGCAUAUGUUUAUUUUCUGUAUUAUUGCAAUGCAGAUUUGAAAGUUGCUUGGUCAUUGCGGUGA